GUGUGUCACCGCGGCGAUUGACGUUACGCGAAGUAUAAUUUUUUGUAACGUCUUCUUUUUUUUCGAUCUGGAGGACAAUGAGGAGUAAGAAAUACGAGGAGCGUGGGAGAGACGCGUGGCGGACGACCGGAUGAUUCUGACAACCCGCGAUUGUCGCGGACGACGUUAGCGUGUGAUGUCGUAACGCGUUAUUAGCGCGAUAUACUAUUCGGGCAUAGAGAGCCCCAUUUGGAAAACUCGAUCCUGGGGGAGAACUGAACAAAAGGCCGGCCAAGUUGGAAAAAUGCAGUCGGCUGUGAAACGCUAUUACAAUAUUAAUAAGAUUUUCAUGUCGAAACUCGGCGGUUGGCCGACGCAAAGUAGAUUUAUGAAGAUACUUUUGCCGACUAUAAUAACGUCUUUUAUUUUCAGCAUCGGCUUUCUCGAGUUUGUAAAACUAGCUGAAACGUGGAGUGAUUUGACCGAGGACUGCGAAUGCGUCAUCACGAUGCUGAUUACAAUCGGCGGUUACGUUAAACUGUUCGUCCUAGUUCUUAAUAACAAAGACAUACAACGAUUAUUAUCGCUUAUCGACUAUCACUGGCGCAUUUUUACGCAUUCCUUGGAGAUACAGAUUAUGCACGAGUAUGCUAUCAUAGGAAGGAAAAUAACGAUAAGUUAUGCCGUUCUCAUUUAUUCGUUGACGAGCCUUUAUAUGUUGAUACCAAUAACGCCGCAAUUAUUGGAUCUCCUCAAGCCUCUCAAUAAAUCGCGCCCCCACAAAUACCUCUUCGAUAUCGACUACAGCUUCGACAGGGAGGUGUACUACUAUCCCGUAUUGCUCCACUCAUAUUUGACGACUGUAAUAACUAUGAGCGUCAUGAUAAUAACCGACACGAUCUACAUGGCGUUUGCGCAACACGCGUGCAGCCUGUUCGCCGCUAUCGGGCACCGACUAGAAAAUCUGACCUCGGGAAUAAGUUCGGAAAAGAAUGGUAGCUCCGCCGGGAUGAUUUGCAACAAACACGAGCCGACGGUCUACGUGUUGCACAAUAAAGAUGACGAAAUCUAUUGCGAACUGGUGCUUCUCUUGCGGAAACAUCAGCUGAGCCUCAAAUUUGUCCGUAUGUUGGAUUCUUUCUUCGCACUGUACUCGUUCAUGUUGCUCUUCAUUACUAUCAUCAUUAUGAGUCUCCUCGGAAUUCAAAUAAUUUCGUUAUUGGAUCAUAAAGAAGAGAUGAUCAGAUAUGUAUCGAUUAGCAUAGGUGCAUUCAUGCAUCUCUUCGUUUUGAGUUACCCCGGCCAAAGAAUAAUGGACCACAGCACAGAUAUAUUCUACAAAGCAUACAACAUGCUGUGGUACAGAAUGUCACGGAGAUCGACACAGUUAUUGAGUAUAUUACUUUACAGGUGUUUCGUGCCUUGUACGUUAACGGCCGGCAAAAUAUAUGUGCUGUCGAUGCAAAAUUAUGCUACGAUGGUACAGGCAGCCGUAUCAUAUUUCACCACCCUUUCGUCGUUCAGAUAAUUUGCGGUAAAAAGAAGAGAAUAGAAGUGUACUACGUUGAAUUGUCGAACGAUAAAAUUAGUGAUUCAAAAUAUUUUUCCCUCGUAAACAUAUAAAAUUAAUCCUAUCGCGUAGCAACGAUAAACGAUAUUAAGCGAAAAUUACAUAUGAAAAUAAAGAUAUAUUUC